GCGAGCGUCAGCAGGAGGGGCUCGCGGUCCUCCUGCGCCAUGCCGGCCGGCGCCGAGCCGCGAGCCCACCGGCCUGGAGUCGGGGUGGGCGUAGUGGUGACUAGCUGCAGGCACCCUCGCUGUGUCCUCCUGGGAAAGAGGAAGGGGUCAUUUGGAGCUGGCAGUUUCCAACUCCCCGGGGGUCAUUUGGAGUUCGGUGAAAGCUGGGAAGAAUGUGCUCAAAGGGAAACCUGGGAAGAAGCAGCUCUUCACCUGAAAAAUGUUCGUUUUGCUUCGGUUGUGAAUUCUUUCAUUGAGAAGGAGAAUUACCAUUAUGUCACUAUAUUAAUGAAAGGAGAGGUGGAUGUGACUCAUGAUUCAGAACCUAAGAAUGUAGAGCCUGAAAAAAAUGAAACAUUCUUCCAAGGGGUUUACAUAUUUCAUCUCUUCAAAUCUGAUGAAAGGAACUAAAGAGAAAAAUAUCAAACUUACUGAUUAUAUUAUUUUCCAUAUGAAACUUUAUGCAAGUGGUCUCAUGUGAUGGAAGUAUUUAAUUUCUUUUCUCUUAUGGAAGACUGUUUUUAUUCAGUAAAUACCCACUGAGAACUGUGUGCUGGACACUGUUCUAGAGAGGCACUAAAGAAACAGUGGUGUAUAGAAUGAAGUCCCUGACCUCCUGGGAUUUGCAAUUUAGUCGGGGGAAAGGCGGCAAUUUAGCAGAUAUUUUAUAAUUAUAAUGAUAAGGAAUAAGAAGGAAAAACUGUAUAAGGGUAGUGGUGCAUGUGUGCUGUGUUAGGAAGGGCCUUUGAGAAGGGGACAUGUAUACAGAGGCUUGGAGGAAGUGAUAUUUAUAGAAUGAAUAAAUCAUAUCUAACCUGUUUUAGAGAUUAAUUUGAUUGAAUGAACAGAAGCAAUGUUCCACUCAAAGGUCUAUUGAGUCAUACAAAUUUUUUAAAAAGUAACUACUUGGAAUCACCUAAAAUGAACUAGCAAAGUCUGAGCUGAGUUGUUUUUACUCACAACACUUUGGACACCAAAUAGGUGUUUUUCCCCUCAGACCAACCAAUUCUCCAACUCUCCAAAAAUCAACUGGAUGGCCUAUAUUUCAAUUCAGUUCUGACACUAUCUAUCCAGAGUUGCCAUCAGAUCCCAAAAGUUAAAGAGCUCAGUACCAAUUUCUUCAAACACCAUGCAGAAAUUACACCUGACCUCCUGUAAUUUUGACCACAUAACUGUACAUCAGGGGUUCCCAUAGCUCCUUCUCAGGUUUAAUAAUUUGCCAAAAUGGCCCACAGAACUCAGAAAAAUGUUUUACUUACAUUACCAGUUUCUUAUAAAGAUUAUAACUCAGGAACAGACAAAUGGAAGAGAUGCAUAGGGUGAGGUAUCUGGGAUGGGUAAGGAGCUUUCAUGCCCUCUCCAGGUUGGCAUGCUACCCUCCCAGCAUCUUGAUGUGUUCACAAAACUGGAAGCUCUCCAAACUGAGUUGUGUAAGGUUUUUACGAAGGUUCCAUUAUAUAAGAACUUAUGAUAGCCAGUUAGCCUGGAGGUCAAAUCACCCCCACUAUUGCUGACAACAAUCAAGGCUUAACUACAACAAGACUUCGCACAAAGACCACUAGGGGGUGCACCAAGAAA